AGUAACUAUCACAAUAAAGUUCCUACCUAGAAGAAAAUAUUACUAAAAAAAAAACGUCCAGAAAAUAUUUUAAUAAAAGUUGGUGAAAAGACAUUUCCUUCAUUUUUCUAGAUAUAAAGUAAAUGCAGCCUGUACAUAAUAAAAUACAAAAAAUGGCAACAUUUUCACGUAUACAAAAAUAUGCACUUGUUGGUUUUGGAGCAUUCAGUGGUAUUGCAUUGUAUUAUUUGAAUUAUUCACAAUCAUCGCCACCAAUUGUACAUAACUCUUGGACAACGGCAUACGAACCACCUGAACAUUCGAAAUGGGAUUUAAAUUGGGAUCAUCGUGAACCAGAAGCGUUAUUUAAACCACUGAAAAAUGCAACUCAUUCACCAGAAGCUGAGAAUAAAAUAAAUGAACAAAUCGAAAAAUAUAAAGCGAAAUUUACCCGCCAUAUAUUCCUUAUUCGUCAUGGACAAUAUAAUUUAGAAGGGAAAACUGACCAGGAACGUGCUUUAACCGAAUUAGGUAAAAAACAAGCAGCGUACACUGGACAAAGACUAAAAGAAUUAGAUUUACCAAUAACAGAAAUCGUUCGGUCAACAAUGACCCGGGCACAAGAAACCGGUUCAAUUAUAAUAAAAACAUUAAAUUUAAGUGGUGUACCGGUUUUUGAUUGUCCGUUAAUUGAAGAAGGUGCACCGAUUCCACCAGAACCGGGUGUUGGUCAUUGGAAACCCGAAAAAUAUCAGUUUUAUCAAGAUGGCGCAAGGAUAGAAGCAGCAUUUCGUAAAUAUUUUUAUCGUGCACCAGCCAGUCAAGAGAAGGACACCUAUACAGUGCUUGUCUGUCAUGCAAAUGUUAUACGAUAUUUUGUUUGCCGAGCGCUACAAUUUCCACCAGAAGCAUGGUUACGAUUAUCCUUGAAUCAUGCAAGUAUCACAUGGAUCAGUAUUACACCAAAUGGGCAUGUUAUUCUACGUCAACUUGGUGACUCUGGACAUAUGCCUGUGGAUUCGAUUAGUAGGCGAUAAAUUCAAUAAAAACUACCAACAAAUUACGCUUAUUUAUUACAAAAAAUAAUUCAGUGAACGUAUCGUUAACAGUUCAAAAAUUGUCAUGUAUAGGAAAAUAGUUGUCGAAUUAGAAAUUUAGAAGUUAAACAGGGAAAAAAACGUAUGUGUGUAGUUUAAGAAAAGACGUCAAAUUAAUUUAUUUGAAAUACAGUACUGCCAAUAAAGUACCGAGAACUUUUACGAUUCUAGUCUACGAAACAAUAUCUUCGCCGAACUUGAACAAUUCGAAAUGUGUGACGGACCAAAUAAUGAAUUUUCUUACUUAAUGUAUCAUUUGUAACUCGGCUUUUUUCAUAUAAUUUUAGUGUCACAACACAAAACUUAGGUCAAAAUCAUGGAAUCACUAUUAACCAGGUCCGUGCCCAAAAAUCAUCCCAAGGGAGGGGGCCAAACUUUUGUUUAUCAU